AUGAUCACAGGCCCAGGUGGGAAAGCAAAUAGCAUCCUGGAUAUGAUUAUGACAUCUUAUGACUUGGAUGACUCUCAGAAUUGUUUUGAGAUGUUUCCUCAUAUCCUCACAUACCUGCUGUGUCUGGUGUGGCUGUGUUCUGCUCGUCCUCAACCAGCCCCACCACACUCAGUGAGAGUGGAGAAGAACUCACCUGCAGCCGGCUCUCUGUCGGGCCGAGUGGUGCUGCCAUGUCACUUCUCCAUGAUGCCAGAUUCUCCCAGCAGCUUGACAUACACUCCCUCACCCCUGAGAAUCAAGUGGACAAAGCUGGAAGGAGAGGGAGAGAGGGUGGUGCUGGUGGCCCAGGCAGGGUUGGUCAAAGUGGGGCCAGAAUACAAGAGCAGGGUGUCUGUGCCCAGUCACCCGCUGUCAGUCGGGGACGCCUCUCUGAUCAUAGGGAAGCUAAGGGCCAGUGACGCGGGACUGUACCGCUGUGAGGUGAUGCAUGGGAUGGAGGACACUCAGGACACUAUAAGCCUUAAUGUCACUGGUGUCGUGUUCCACUACAGAGCCAACAUCAGCCGCUACACCCUGGAUUUCCCUGGAGCUGUGGAGGCGUGUCAUGCUGUAGAUGCCUCCGUCGCUACACCAGAACAGCUGAAGGCUGCUUUUGAGGACGGCUUGGACCAGUGUGAUGCAGGCUGGGUCGCCGACCAGUCAGUCAGAUAUCCAAUCAACGUGCCCCGUCAUGGCUGUGCAGGUGAUCUGAUGAGCAAGCCAGGAGUGAGAACAUACGGCAUCCGACCCCCCACUGAGAAAUAUGAUGUGUACUGCUUUGUAGACAAAAUUCACGGUGAGGUCUUCUACCCUCCAUCUAUUAGCGUUAAAGUCACCUUGCAGCAGGCAAGAGAGGAGUGUGAGAAACACGAUGCCGUGUUGGCGUCACCUGGUCAGUUGUUUGCAGCCUGGAGGGCGGGGCUGAACAGAUGCGACUACGGUUGGCUGUCUGACGGCAGCGCCCGCUACCCCAUCACCCUCCCCAAGCCUCAGUGUGGAGGGGGCCAGCUGGGCGUUCGCACACUGUACAAGUACGAAAACCAAACUGGCUAUCCAGACCCCUCGGAGAAGCAUGGACUUUUCUGCUUCAAGGCCUAUCUACCAGAGCCGACUACCAUGAGCCCAGCGACGACUCCAGCUGUGACGAAACCUCACGAGCCAACAUACGAUCCCCACACUACAACACUGUGGCCACUCUCAGACCCUGAAAGGGCUGAAAUUCAAACAAGAAGACCAGAGCCGGCUGCAUACUCUCCAACAGAGAGGCCACACACAGCCUCACCAGAUCAACCUGGGGCCCUCCACGCCUCCCCCCACACCACAGCUUCAGUGAACCCCACUCCCAUCUUAGACUACGAUGAUGUUCAAAGUUUCGACAUCAACAAGGUGGAGUCUGUACCAGUUAGAGGAGACGUUGUGGUCCCCAUGGAGCUCCCUCCCUUACCCACCCUCCUCUCCCAGACUGAUCAACUUGACAUCUCCCAAGGGCGGGAGUUGGGGGGCCAGGUGGGGUCAGGCCGAGGUGAGAGCGGGCAGGGAGGCAGCGGUGACGACGGCUCCAGUCGGGCUGAGGCAGGAGCAGUGGUGAGCCCAUCACAGGUGUCGGCAGAAGCUGUAUCAAUACCGAGUGAGCUUCUAGAAACGACCACUGGGCCGGAGCUGAGCGUGGAAACCACAUUGAGACCAUCACAGCUUCCAGAGAUCACCCCACAGCAUGCUGGCCCAGAGGUGCUCUCCCCAGAGGUCGUCAGCCCGGAGCCGGGUCUCCCUGUUGGUAGUGGAGAUGAUGGACGAGAAGAUCCUGCCGUGGUUUUUAAAGAGGACGUCACAACUAGAGCGACGCACACUUUUGACCUUGACCAAUCGCUGUCCAUUCCUGCUGUCAGUGGAGAGUCAUCAGCCAAACCCCCAUUCCAUUUCAUCUUCAUCAAUGUGCACAGCCAGAAUCAGUCAGUUGACCGCAUCCUGGAAUUCUUAAACCAGCCUGGAAACAGCCUCACCGGCUCCGAGUCCCUGUUCCCCCAGAUCACUGACCUUUCACAUAUGACCAGCGAAGCUAUCCAGGGCAGCGGAGACAUAGACUCCCUCGAGCCCUCACCCAUCAACCUGCCUCCAACUGUCAGCUUUUUCAAUGGAAAACACGAGGUUACAUUUGAGCCAGAGCAGCCAGAGGAAGCUAGAGGGGAUCAGUUUGAGACGGCUACUCCUGUUCGAGUAGAAGACAUGGAAGUGGAGGAGAAGGAGGACGGGGAAAGCGUGACUCCUUUUGACUACAGUGUCUUAGAAAUCCAAACAGAGGCGACACCGCUAGAGGAAACCAGUGAUGCAGUCACUCACCCUGCAAAUAUGUAUCCAGAUGUAGUAACAGACUCGGACACUGACGUAUACAAGGUCCCUUAUGUCUUUACAGACCUUGAGAGAGUCCGAACCCAAAAACCAGAACAGACCACCACAACCCCAGACAUGCACCAUGUCUCAUCACCAGCAUCCACCACACUAUCAACACCAGUUCUCUCUGGUGUCUCCCAGCCUGUCAUUGAUGUUGUCUCUGCCUGUGAGGACACGCCGGGUUCUCCAAAAUGUGACACAGACGCUGCCACACAGGAGGGCUCCGCACAUGAUGCUUUGCCCACUCCAGCUGCAGACAGCCAUUUGGGCAUGAUGACCGAUGAGGCCGAAAUUGGGGGAACGGAGUUACCAACUUUAAUCCCAGACGCACAAUCACAAGAAACCACCACACAGACUCAGAAUGAAGACUUUGAAGCAUCUGCCUCCGGAGAAGAUGAAGCCUCAGGACAAGACCCACCGGAGACACUUGGACUUACCAGCACACACCCACCGAUUUAUUCGACCCUUCACACCCAGCAGCCUCAACCUGCAGCAGGCACCGAAGUAACACAAGUCCCUGAAGUUUUACAGGCUGUUGACACAGUUAUAGAAACAGGCUCAGGUGCAGAGCAGCUGUCUGGAGAGAAGGAGGUUUCUGAGGAACAGCACAAUCUGGUUGACCUUCCCAGAGAGGUUGCUGUUACUGUUUUACCAGCUGUGGCGGCUGUUUUAGAGCACACCACUCUCCCUACACACAUGAAGGACACAACCUCUGAAUCAAGCACAUCAAAACCCUUCACACAUCGCUCCUCUGCUGUCACAGACAAUAAGAAACAUCCUGCUGUAACCGCUGUCGCUGCACCCACAACCUCUGAUGGCGAUGACACUUACCCCACCAACCCUUACAGAGACCAGGCUAAACAGUCCACCACAAGUUCCUAUAAGUAUGUAAGCCAGCCAAUGCUGUCCACCACAUUGUACACAUUCGACCAAAGUACCGACUCCGUCCCCCAGUGGGCACUGUUCCCCGACCCAGCUGCCACCCCUCUCCCAGAUGAUGAUUUGGUGGAUUACGACCAGAUUGUCCCUUCUUUGGUGGAGUCGCUGCCUCAGAUUCCAGAAGAGACCAUGGCCACAGGGGAACCACAGGCUGGCACCGAUUCAGUUUACUCUGUGGACGCCAGCACUGUGAAUGUCAGAGAUCUCCUACCGUGCUCAACUGGUGUGUGUCAGAAUGGAGGCUCCUGCUACAAGAGGGGAGCACAAAAUAUCUGCCAGUGUGCACCUGGAUACACUGGGCAGCACUGUGAAACAGAUGUUGACGAGUGUGAGUCGAACCCGUGUCUGAACGGAGCCACCUGUCUGGAUGGAGUCAACUCCUUCACCUGUCUGUGCCUGCCCAGCUACGCAGGAGAGCUCUGUGAACAAGACACUGAGAUGUGUGGAUUUGGUUGGCAGAAGUUCCAGUCCCACUGCUAUAAGUACUUCACACACCGUCGCACCUGGGACGCUGCUGAGAGGGAGUGCCGGUUGCAUGGCGCCCACCUGGCCAGUAUCCUGUCACAGGAGGAACACCUGUUUGUCAAUCGUCUGGGCAGCGAUUACCAGUGGAUUGGCCUUAAUGACAAGAUGUUUGAGAGGGACUUCAGGUGGACUGAUGGCCGGCCAAUGCAAUACGACCACUGGAGGCCGAACCAGCCGGACAGCUUCUUCCAGUCAGGAGAGGACUGUGUGGUGAUGAUUUGGCACGAGGGAGGACAGUGGAACGAUGUGCCCUGCAACUAUCACCUGACUUUCACCUGCAAAAAGGGAACAGUGGCAUGUGGACAGCCUCCUGUGGUGAAAGACACGCGAGUGUUUGGGGCCAUGAAGCCUCGAUAUGAGAUCAACUCCCUGCUACGCUAUCACUGUAAACAGGGAUUCAUCCAGAGACAUGCCCCUACGAUACGCUGCCGUGCAAACGGCCAAUGGGACACGCCCAGAGUCACCUGCACCAGCCCUGCAACUUACCACAAGUCAUUUGCUCCCCGGCACCGGAACAACAACAACAACAGCGAGCAACAAAACAGCCACCAGAACCAUCACAUUCAUCCCAGCAAGACUCAUCAGAAAGAAACUCAAAACCAAGAGCAACAGCAGAGUUACAGCUUCCUGCAGAGCUUCUGGAACCCUUUUCAGAAGCGAGUCCAGGAGCAGCCGAGGGAGAAGAGGGAAGUGCAUGUACAAACACACAGGGAAGAUCAGAUGAGACACUGAUUCGGUUUGGGGCUUUUAUAAAUCAGCUAUGGUGUGGCAGCCAAUCACAGCAGGCCUGCCAUCACGUUGCAGAGUCAUCGAUAGACAGAUAGAGCGGUGUACUGAACUGUCUAUCAAUGGCUCUGAAAAGAACAAGGGGAUGUUGUAUCAGCAAAUUGUCCACAAACACUCCAGGAUCUGAACAGUAACACAAAUGAGAAGUUAGUAUAUUCAGCAAGUUAAAUCAGACUAUAUCACAUCUGCCUAUAAUGCCACAAUGUUCUUAACAGGAAGGUGCUGUAAUCAUGUCACUGUGUGGUUAACUUAAUCGUCAGAUACCACAUAGCUGGUCUGUGAAAUCAGAUUUUUGUUCUGUGUUCACUUUCUCCUGAACCGACAGAGAAUCUGAAAACACUUUGUCAACCCAGUGACAUGUGGGAAAUCUUAGUUAAAAGGUGCACUGUGUUUUUUGUAUUUUUAUGAACCAACAAAGAUAUAUAGCAUAUUUAGAUAUAACAUAUUUACUUUCAUUGUUUCUCAACAAAAAGAGUAUGAACUGUGAGGCCUAAUGCUAUAAACUAGCAGGGAAGGGAAUGGACCUUAACAUUUGUUUUGGCUACUGCUUUGUUAUAUGCAUGACCCCAGACCUUGAACAUUUCUAUAGGCUCACACUUGAGAUGUUUGCUAAUGUUUUCAAAAUUGGGAUAGGUCACAAAAGUCCAUUUUCCAUAAGAUAAUAAGUUAAUAUAUUGUAAUUUUAGCCAUACAAACUUACAGACAAAAUGUCAGUGGUCGAUCUGUAUUGUGGGUAAUGUAGGGGUCAGGUUGUUACCAAGACGAAUAAUACAUUUUAAAUAUUUACUGCAUAUAAAGAUGGACAACACGGAA